UAUUAUACAACAACAUUAUUUGCAAAGCAAUUAUUAAUUACUUUGCAAAUCACGAGUCAUCCCGAUCGCUCAAGCAUUGAAAUCGAUUUAAAAUCGAUAUCCAAAUCAAUAGGCAUGCAGUAAUCUUUCUCAAUCGAAUGUGCACCUCGUCUGAUAAUAGCUCCGAAAUCAUAACGAAUAAUUAGGUCUCGAUUUUACCUUUUCAUUUUGAUUGUUGUAUGAUUACUUUGCAAAUCAUUUUCACAACUCACCCCAAUCGCUCUAGCUAAACUUUUAUCAAGGAAACUACUGAUCGAAAUUUGGUAUUCGAGAUCCUAUUAAGGCACCAGACUGAAACAUAAUCGAUAAAAUGGAACGCUCCGUGAAGUCAGAGGAAAACAAUGGGCUAGAAAAUAUCUUCUCGCUUUUUGCCAAUGAAUCAACCGGAGAGAUAGGAGUUGAUGACGUCAACAGAGCAUUGAGGUCAUGUGGAUUCUUACCAACAGAAGAAGAAAUUAUAGACAUGAUCCAUGAAGUUACGGGAAAUAAAGAGAAAACUUCCCUGACCUACUCAGACUUUUUAUCACUUAUGAAGGAGGAGGAUUCCGAGCCCGACCUGAAAGACAUGUUCAAGGUUUUCGACAAGCAUAACAGGGGAACCAUCAGUGCAUCGGAUCUACAGGAGGUCUUGGUCGAUUUCGGAAUCAAAGCGAACGACCGCGACGUCGACGAGAUGAUCGAAGAGGUCGAUGAAGAUCUGAACGGACACAUCACGUAUUCAGAAUUCGAGAGGAUCGUGACAUCCCCAUGAAACGUUCUUUACAUUCAAGUGAAAU